CGCCUCUGCGCCACAUUAUCAGGAGCCUGCUAUCACAUCCGUGCCAGGACCGUCUGUCUCCAGAUUGUGUUGGUACUCGAUGUCGUACAGUCAUGGAAUCUCUGGCUCUGCUUAUCACCGCUGUCUUACUUUCUACAUCAGAAUUCAUAUAUUGUGAUGAUGACAUCAAGUACACCGGCUGUUUCGACCUUGGUUACUCCUUGAGGCUCAACUAUCACCAUCAUAUUUCGUACAUCACAAUGGACCAAUGUGUAGAAUUUUGUAGAGAUUUGAAUACUAGAUUCGCUGGUAUCGAGAAAAGUGACAACUUCUGCUACUGCGGUUCAGACAUUGCCGAGGGGUCUAUCAAAAGGGAUGACAAUUUGUGCGAUGUGCCUUGCAGUGAUACCGACCCUCGGACUUGCGGUGGCGACUGGCUCAUGUCUCUGUACGAAAUCAAGAGAGAACCAUCAGGAGUGGUGGAGGACAGUGUGAAGUUCCUGAUAGGUAUCACCGUGGGAGUGAGAUUGUACGACACCGUCAAUCUGAGCAAUUAUGAUACUAUAGCAUCGACGGGAGACUGGGUUCACGCCCUAGACUACCAUUUCGCAAAGAAAACUGUAUACAUAUUCUCCAGAAAUAAGCUCUACAAGACAACGAUGGAGCCAAAAAACAGUGCUCCGGAACUGGUGAGGGUCCUCUCGAUGUGCGAGGGUUUCGCAGUGGACUGGUUACACGACAAGAUUUACUGGAUGAACUGUUCCGGGAACUCUACAGCUUUCAUGUCGAUGGACCUAGGAGGCGGGGGAGUCACAACUGUGAUGCAAAGACCAGCAAAUCCAGUUUCGGUCAAAAGGAUGGAAAUAGACCCGUACAAAGGGGUAGCUUUCUGGAUGGCGGACGGAGUUAUAGAGUCAUGUACGCUGUCCGGGAAGUACUUCCAGCCUAACAUGAGUGCCCCAGGGGUGAGUGUAAGGUCCAUUACUCUAGAUCUCCAGGAGCGCAGGGUGUACUACGUGGGCACUCUGAACCAGUCGACGUCACUGUUCAGCAUGGACUACAUCGGCGGAGGCCACCGCACGCACUUCUCUCUGCCCCAGAUGCGGAGCGUGUACGGUCUGAGCCUCCUUGGAGGGAUGUUGUACUGGGUGAACUACGCGGAUGUCAAGGACGUCUUGUACAAGGCUCCAGUCAACCUUACCAGCAGGGACCGUGUGCAGGUGCUCACUCCUAUAGAAAAGGCGGUCUGGCACAUGAAAUUGGUACAUCAAGACAUUCAAAAAGAACCAGGUGAAGAUCCUUGCAGGAGCAUUUCUUGCUCUCACAUUUGUGUGUCCAAUGCUACGUCAGCUCACUGUUCAUGUCCUAAGGGUAUGCAACUGAACUUAGAUGAAAUAACAUGCUCAGGCGCACCAACUGUUUCCAACGUGACGACAACUAUCACGCCACCAACUCCAAAGAAAACAGCUUCUGGGAAAACUUUCAAUUACCAUGGUUGCUUUGAAUUUGGCUACUUCAUCUUAAUGCAUCUGAACCAUAUCAUGCACAAUAUAACCCUUCAGAAGUGUGUUAACUACUGUGAGAAGUUAGCCAGCACGUAUGCCGGAAUCAGCGACAACUACUGUUUCUGUGGAUUAGAAUUGGGAGAGAUCAGCAAGAGAGGUGACCAUCUUUGUAACACUCCAUGUCCUGACGAUCCCCAUUCUACAUGUGGUGGUGAAUUUUUGAUGUCCAUAUACGAAAUCCAAGGCAAUUCACCAUUUGUGAACGAAACGGAUGUGAGGUUCCUCUUAAGCCACAACGCGGGUGUGAUACAAUACAGCGGCAGCCAUAUAAACACGCCUACGCUCCUCAUGGUCACCGCCAACUGGUCCUUCUCAAUUGACUGUCAUCUGGCGAGGAAUCUGCUAUUCACGUUCUCAGGGAGUAAGAUAGUGAGAACUACACUGGGACCCAAAGCGACCAUAGCUGCUGGCAUGCCUACUGUGGUCAGUGAAGUGAGCCAUUGUGACGGGUUCGCCGUUGACUGGGUCGCGGACAGGAUCUACUGGAUGGACUGCAGCAGGACGGUGAACACUGUCAAGGUGAUGGACCUUGAAGGUGGCAACCUAGCCACGGUGAUGGAAAGAUCCCUAGAGCCGGCGAGGGUCAGAAGGAUGGUAAUCGAUCCUCACAAAAGGAUCCUCUUCUGGAUGGCUGAUGGAAUCAUCGAGUCUUAUUCACUGAACACUAAGAAGUUCCAAACAAGUGUGAGCGGGGAAGCCGUGAACGUGCGAGCGUUGACACUGGACUUGGAGGCUAAACGGCUGUUCUUCGUGGGAACUAUGGACAGCGCUGUGUCUCUAAUGAGCGUGAACUACACCGGAGGAGAGCACAAGGAACACAUGCGCUCCACCUACAUGAUGAACGUGUAUGGCAUCGGUCUGUACAACAAUCAUGUUUACUGGGUCAACUACAUCGGAAUGCGAGACAUCCUUCUCAGAGCACCGCUUCAACCGAAUGGAAAUGAGAGUGUGCAGAUUAUCAAGUCUAUCGACAGGGCGGUAUGGGACUUUAGGUUGGUCCACCCUAAGCUUCAAACGGGGUCAAGUAAAGAUCCAUGCAGAACGAAGGGCUGCUCUCACAUCUGCAUGCCGUUAUCCUUGUAUUCAGCUGUUUGUACUUGCCCUAAGACCAUGUCUCUGAGGGCUGACAGACUCACGUGCGCAGAUGGACUAAUAUCUGCAGAAGUAGUGAGUUUAACUAUACUGAUAGUGUUGGUGGUCGGGCUGAUCUCACUCACAAUGGCCUACUUCACUGACAAAUACUGGAGCUAUCUUCAGCUCAAGCUGUUCAGCGUGCCCUACACAAGAACGAGAGAUAAUCAACAACCAGAUUCUGUAACACCGGCCUACGACACAACUGAGGAUGAUGUUAGACUAAUUUGAGUCCCUGGAUGUUUCAUUUUUGUUAUUUGCCUUUUUGGAUUAAACAUUUGAAAAUGAAAAGUACGUCAAAACCUCAAA